AUGGUUUUGAAAUUAUUCGAAAAACUUGAGAUUGGUGAUUUUCUUUUAUUUUUAAGAGAUACUAAAAAAUUUUACGAUUAUAAUUACAAGAAAUAUGGUGACAUAUACGAGAUUCAGUUUAAUGAACGGUCUAUAAUUUUAUCUAGAACAGAAUAUAUUGAAAAACUUUUAACACCUUCGACAAAAAAUUCACACAUGGUAAGAUUUCCUGAUAGUGAGGGAUUAGAAGAAUUGGGAGUUGGCGGGAAAGGAAUAUUAACAAAUAAUGAUUUUAAAUCGUGGAAAUAUAAUCGUCAAUUUUUUGCACAAGCUAUUUUGUCACCGAAAUUUACUAAUGAAGCUAUUGAUUGGACAAACAAACUUUUCAACGAACUGGAAGGUUAUUGGAAUAAGUUAUUUCUUNUUUUGUCACCGAAAUUUACUAAUGAAGCUAUUGAUUGGACAAACAAACUUUUCAACGAACUGGAAGGUUAUUGGAAUAAGUUAUUUCUUAAAGAAAAAAUUAUCAAAGAAAAUCAAGAUAAAUUGGAUUUUGCAGCAUGGCUUCAUCAUUACACAAAUGAUAUGAUUAUUAAAUUAUUAACUGGGGAAAGAUCUUAUUCAAUGGCAGCUUAUUUUGAUACUCUUAGUGAUGAAAAAUCUGAUCAUCCAUUAGCAAUAGUCGAUGAUUCUGUAAAAUUAGUUCAGGCGCUUCGUAAACAUCUUAUAGGUUUUAUAAUGUUUGUAUACGUACCUCCUUUCUUACGACAUUAUAUUCCAUUUUUUAAGAAUAAUGCAGAUGAUUUACUUCAAAACGUAAGAUUUAUCAAUAAAAGACUAGAUGAAAUUAUUAAGAAACGUAGACAAGCAAUUGAAAAUACACCGUUGGAUAAACCUUUAACAAAUGAUAUGUUGACAUCGUUAAUUACUUCGAAUACACCUCGUGAUGUUAAUCAAAUCAAAACAGUUAGUGGUGAGGCUUUGAACAGACCUAUGACUGAUACUGAAAUUCGGGGUUCUAUUUUUGAUGGAUUUCUUGGUGGAACUGAUACAACAGCGAACACGAUUUCGUUCAUUAUAUAUUAUCUUGCACAUAAUCAAGAUGUGAAAAAGAAAAUGAUAGAAGAAAUUGAUAGAAUAUUCCAAGGUGAUAAAACACGUCCAAUCACUGAAAAUGAUUUUCAAAAAUUAAAAUACUGCGAAGCAAUUGUGAAAGAAGUUUCACGCGUUUUAUCAGUUGUACCUACGUUUACAAGAUAUAUUAAUAAACCUGAUGAAAUAGCGGGGUAUCAAUGGCCAGCCGGAACAAUGUUUCGAAUCAAUGCUAAUGCCGUUCAUUAUAAUAAAGAUUAUUGGGAAGAUUCUGAUAAAUUUAAUCCUGAUAGAUGGAUGGUUGAAGGCUUUGAGCCAAACAAACAUUCAUUACUCAUGUUUGGCGGUGGAUUAAGGAUUUGCCCAGGAAGAAAGUUGGCAAUGAUUGAACUAAUUUGUUUGAUGGCUUUAUUAUAUAGAAAAUACGAAAUUGAUUUAGUGGAUAUGAAUGUUCCUUUAAAAGUUGUAAGUGGCGGUGUAACUUCUUGUACUGAAUUAUUAGUUGAAAUUAAACCAAAAAAUUGACGUUCAUCAUGUAAUUAUAAGGACCUAUGUAAUAAUCAGCUCUUAAAAAUGUGUAAUACUAAACUUUUUUAAUUCUGAUAAAAACUGAAGUUUCUAUUUUAUAUCUAUAGU